AUGUUCUUAAGAAGCGUCAAUCGUGCUGUUGCUAGAAGCGUUUUGUCUACGCCGAAGUCCACUGUGGUGAAAUCAUCGUGGAGAGUAUUGACUGUUGCCAACUCUAAAAGAUGUUUUAUCCCGGCUAUAAUCAUGAAAAAUCAGGAGACCCAAAGAGUAGGUGAGAUUUUGCAAUCGGAAUUGAAAAUUGAGAAGGACACGUUGCCAGAUUCAACUUCAGUGGACACAUUUAAUGACUUUUUGAACAAAUACAAAUUUUCAUUGGUGGAGACACCCAAUAAGAAUGAGGCUGAGAUAGUUAGAAGAACUGAGUCUGGUGAAACUGUUCAUGUGUUCUUUGAUGUUGCCCAAAUUGCUAAUUUGCCCUACAACAAUGCAAUGGAUGAAAAUACUGAAACAAACGAAGACGGGAUAAAUGAGGAUGAUUUUGAUGCCUUAUCAGAUAACUUCGCCAAUGUUAAUGUUGUCAUUUCUAAGGAAAGUGCAACUGAACCUGCUAUCUCAUUUGAACUGUUAAUGAACUUACAAGAAGGUUCAUUUUAUGUUGAUAGCGCUACUCCAUAUACCUCUGUUGAUGCUGCUUUGAAUCAGUCCGCUGAAGCCGAAAUUACAAGAGAAUUGGCAUACCAUGGCCCACCCUUUUCCAAUUUGGAUGAAGAAUUACAAGAAUCUUUAGAAGCUUAUUUGGAAAGCAGAGGCGUCAAUGAAGAGUUAGCCUCUUUCAUUAGUGCCUAUUCCGAGUUUAAAGAGAACAACGAAUACAUUUCUUGGUUGGAAAAGAUGAAGAGCUUUUUCCACUAA